CACCGAAAGCCUUGGCCGUCACGUUACUUGUCGCCCGUGGAUGCAGGAUAGUGGAGUAUUAAUUUCCGCGUCUUGUGAGAGUUAAAUAGAACACUUGUGUUUCUCCGUUAGUAGCGGAGCUCAGCACUGCGUCCGGCCGGCGGGCACCGGAGACCGGCGAUGGACGCCAACAAGGGCGAGGCCGAGCGGUGCAUCGAGGCGGCCAAGCGGGCCGUGAACGCCGGCGAGCGCGAGAAGGCCGUCCGGCUGCUGCGCAAGGCUGAGAAGAUGUACCCCACCGAGGCGGCGCAGUCGCUGCUCGAGCUGCUGAACAGGCUGGGCGACUCGACGCCAGACGGCGCCGGCGGCGGCGCGCAGCCUCGGCCGGCGGCCUCGCGCAGCGACGACGGCCGGCACAAGUACACUAAGGAGCAGCUGGAGGAAGUGCGCAGGAUAAAGGUCUGCAAAGACUACUACGAAAUCCUGGGCGUAAGCAAAGAAGCCACGGACUCGGAGCUUAAGAAAAAGUACCGUAAGCUGGCGCUCCAGUUCCACCCGGACAAGAACAAGACGCCUGGUGCCGGCGAGGCGUUCAAGGCCAUCGGGAACGCGUUCGCCGUGCUGUCGGACGCGGAGAAGCGCAAGCAGUACGACCUGUACGGGCCGGACGAGCAGCGGAUGGGCCGCGGCCGCGGCGGUCACGGCCACUACGCGGACCACACGCGCGGCUUCGAAGCGGACGUGACUGCCGAGGAGCUGUUCAACAUGUUCUUCGGAGGCGGCUUCCCGUCGCAGAACGUGUACAUGCGACGGAAUGGCCGCUGGACUCGCGCGCAGCAGCAGCACCGUGCCAGGCAUGAGCGUGAAGAGGCGCCGACGUCCUCGCUAGUGCUGCAGCUGAUGCCGAUCCUGCUGCUCAUCUUCAUGUCGAUGAUGUCUAGCUGGUUCGUGUCGGACCCGCUCUACAGUCUGCAGGCCUCCAGCAAGUACAGCAUGGUGCGGCGCACGGGCACGCUGAAGGUGCCGUACUACGUGAAGCCCGACUUCAGCACCGAGUACCAGGGUAGUCUGUACCGGCUGGAGGCUGAAGUCGAGGAGGAGUACGUGCGCAUGCUGCGGAACGCCUGCCUCAAGGAGCGCACCUACAAGGAGAACAUGAUGUGGCGAGCGCGCAGCUUCGGCGACCAGGCGCAGCUGCGGAAGGCACAGGGCCUCGGCACGCCCUCCUGUCAACGACUGCAGGAGAUAUACACGUAGACGCGCCGCGCUAGGUCAUCACUUCACGUGCAAUGGAGCGGCGGGCUGCCGGGCGGGGGCGGCCGGCCGCGCCGCCCGGGCAGCCCGCCGGCGCCGACCCGCGCCGUUGGAGGCUGCGUGAGGCGCCGUCAGACCCGCGUCCCUCCCCCGGCCAGCAUGCCCCGGCCGGCGCAGGCGGCCUUUCGCCGGAUGCCCAGCUGCCCACCACCGGGGGGCCGUUAGCACGCGCCCUGGACAUGAUUUCCGGGUGUGGUAGAUAAAUAUGUAUACCGUGAUUGUCUGAGGGCACCGUACAGACGUCGGGCGCACGACGCCAUAGUAUGUGCUGUGUGAAGUGGUGGCCGAACGGGUCGGAAUGCUCGAGCCGCGAUGGCCCCGUGCGCAGUGCACUGUGCGGUCCCACCACGGAAGCGGGUCACCUGACGCGCGGCGACCUCGCGCGCCGCAGCGUUCUCGUGCCGGGACGAGGCGUCCAGUGGCAAUCGUGCGCGUUCGCUAAUGGGUUCCGCCCUUCCUACCCCUCCCUCCCCCCAUUCCUCUCUUCUCCCAGCACCACCUUCGGUCUUGUGGAAGGUGGUCCGCGCAGAGGACCUGCAUACCCGUGUGACCCCUAUGACGGAGCCACGCUAACCCGCACGGCUCAGCACUAGGCUGAACUCUGCGCGGCCGGUGUCUGCUGAGAGCGGCGAGGAGUGGUGCUCCUCUGUGAAGUAGGACAGCGCCUGCGCCGAGGGCGAGGAACAGCCGCUGCUAAAGACGGGUGACUGAAGACUGCCGAAGACUGCCUCUGUGAGGCGGGCGGACGGCCGCGGGUCUGCGGUCAGCGGUCAGCGGUCUGCGGUCAGUGGUCUGCCGUGUCUCCGACGCGUCCCGCCCCUGGGGCGCGGCCAGGUGCCGUCCCCCACUGGGCGCCAGUCGGGCGCGGCCGGGUCGCGUCCAUCAGGGGACGCGGCUGGGUCCCGUCCCACGAGCGGAGGGGGCGCCGGUCGGGUGCGGCCGGGCGCCAGCGCGCCGUCGCUCGUGUGCGUGGGCGUCGCAGCGUGAGUUCGUGUGUGUGUGUGUGUGUGUGUGUGUCCACUGGUGCACGUGGCAGCGCUUGGAUGAUCCGAGGGCGUGUGGAGCCAUCGCUGGCGACGUGGAAUGACUUGGUUUGGUGACUUCCGCGCUGGGGCGUCAAAUGUCGCAGCGAAUCCGGUGAUGGCUGACGAGCAUAUUGUCUGUCUGGGACACACCUGUCGUACUGCUCGUGGGCACAUGAUCACGGCCGCAUUGGAUUCGGUGCCAAUAUCCGCCGUGGAUGUAGACUUGGCAUUCACGCAUGGCUGCGCUCGAUGCGUUGCCGGCGCGCUGACACGUAAUCAGAAAUCAAUUGGAUUUGAAUGGGUCGGACAGUUUAACAUUGUCCGCCCAGAGCGCGCUCUGAAAACGCGUUGCUCGUCCCGAGUCAUUUCUUCGUGGCCGCAUGGCAUUGUUUUGUUGGCGAUGUGGUUGCCGCUCGCCGAAUAAGAUGGCGAUGUACUAGGAUGCACUUGUCCCACAUGACUGCAUGAGACCAUCCUGUGUCCUGGCGGUGGAAGCAGGUGUUCCUCGGUGAAUAUGUCCCUUGGUAUAUGUGCACGAAUUAUACACGUUUACGUAUGUGAUUUUAACUUCAAUAAUAUACGCCAUAUAAUACAAGCAGGUACGAC